AUGCCUCUUCCACAAGGCUCUCCAUUCUCACACAAGAUCAUUGUAAGUACUAUCGCUACUGCAGUUGGAAUAUAUGGUUUCUGGCUGACAGCAAAAGACUUUGAAUUCGUCAAGUUUGUGCCUCGGUCGCCCGAAGAGAUCGAGAUACGCAGGAAAGAAAACAUCGGUCUCCAGAUUAAACACCUAGAAACACGGACCUUGGAUUAUACUCCAGAAGCGAAAGCCCGAAUUGCUCAAAGCUUGAAAGAGUAUCAAACAAUGACUGAAACGAAGGAGCCUGCCGAGAGCUCGGAUUGAGUUUUGUGGCCCAGUUUUGACUGCGAUGGGACGUCAUCACUGAAUGCUUUUGGUUUCAAAAGUGAGUAAGGGGGCUGCCUAAUCUUUAUUAUUUAUUACAUGAUUGACGGAAUAACUUUUUGUCUCAUACAUCGCAUGCAGCUCGGAGUCGUUCUCAUUGUGAUGCGCAUGAUUACUUUUUGAGAAUGGCAUUGCAUAAAUUCGGAUUGACAAAAGCAGGUCUAUUCCAAUACGAGAUAGUUUGUGUCGAAAACAUAGUGUAUCAUAAAAAAAAAUACAUCCAUCUUGCUAUGAAACGUCUGUGUACCUCUCAAUUUUAAAAAAUG